AUGAGGAGGUUGCAGAGGAGAUGCUAUAAAAGGAAGAAGAAUCGCCAGUAUGAGGAGACAUCUGAGACUUCUGAGUCUUCUACCAAAGGAUCUCCAACACUGUACUCAAUGAUGCCGACUUCUGAUGUCAAAGGAUCGAAGCCGAAACCCGAUGCCACAUCUUCUACAGUCACAACCUUCUACAUCGUCGGGACGUAUGGUUGCUCUCUUCUCUCCACAAGCAAUGGAACCUCUUCUGUAAUCGUGUUGGCAUUUUUGAUUCUGUUUGAAAAUCGAAGCAGUUUAAUUGUUAAUAAUAUUUUUCGAUUUCAAAAUAAUUCAACAAGAAAUUUGUGGAUAUUCAUGAAUAUUACUGGAUGUAUGGUACCAUUUAUUCCCGUUUAUUUUAAUUUACCUGAUUCUGAUGAAGCUAGAGUGAACGUGUUGAAGUCUUUGCCAUGUCCUCCUAAAUAUUUCUUCACUGAAAAUAUUCUCGUUUUCCCGGACGGUUUUUGGUUUAAUUAUUUGAGCGCGACAAUUUUAUUUUCAAAUGGAACCCUUUUUCUACAAAUUCUCUUCUUUUCCGUCUGCUGUCUCUACUAUCUCUUCUAUGCCAAAUCAUCUCAAGUGUCUUCUGAAACUCGACGUCUUCAGAUUCGCUCGUUUUUUGGAAUUGUUCUUCAAACCACUAUUCCUUUUUUACAUUUUAUGAAACUUCUGAUGGCCACCAGAAGAGGUUCCUUUGCUUGUAAAGAGAAGAGAGCAACCAUCCGUUCCGACAAUGUAGAAGGUUGUGACUGUAGAAGAUGUGGCAUCGGGUUUCGGCUUCGAUCCUUUGAAAUCAGCAGUUAUGAUGCGGCAUCAAUGUCUCCUCAUACUGGCGAUUCUUCUUCCUUUUAUAGCAUCUCCUCUGCAACCUCCUCAUCGACGCCAAGGAUGGUUCACCCCUCUGCUCUUAUCAAUGGAAACCCGGUCAUCGUCUCCUGGCUAACUCCGAAUGCUGAUGCUACGAAGAUAAUAACUCAGAGUCCUAAACCCAGUAAUAAAUUCUUUUGGUCCAUUUCCCCUAUCGAACAUUUUUGUUUUCUAAUAAAGACUUCAUUAGGAAUUAUUAAUAAAACUUUGAAUUUCUCAUAUUCGGAACAAUUCUCAGAGCUUUCUGAAGUCUCUGAAAGGCAAAAAACUGUAAAACAAAGGAUACAUCUAGAAACCUUCCCUGCCCCUCCAUCGAAUUCUUCACCGAACCCUUCCUAG